AGUACACACCACUUAAUACAUCCCAAGCAAAUGUAUUAAUGGCCAUCCGGGAUCAGGAGAAUGUGAAAUGGCCACACCCUUUGAAGCCCAAUGUCGGAAACCAGGAGCAAUAUUGCCACUUCCACCGUAGCCGUGGGCACACUACUGAAGCAUGUUGGCAGCUCAAGGAAGAAGUUGAGAGACUGAUCCGACAGGGAUAUCUCCGACAAUUCAUCAAGAAUACACCAACCCGAGAUGAAGUUGGUCCGACUGGGGGGCAGAAUCAACAACAAAGACAACCAUUGAAUACUAUUCAAAUGGUUGGAGAGAUUGAAUGAUCACGCACUUCGUGUAUUUGUAUUAGCAAA